UCUCUGUUAUUGUUAUCACCGGUAACCAGAUACAAUGAUUCAUUUGGAAGUUCAAUUAAGGUCAGGAAAGUUACUUGAAUACGUAAAGUGUUUAUAAACUUUGUGAGAGUUAAAAUAGCACUGAUUCUCUGAUUAUUUUAUUUUUUUGACAUGGAUUCUAUAAAUUUGUCAGUUAUUGUUUUAUCGGAGAAUACGAUCAAUUCUUCUUCUAUUUAUCAGUCCAAUUCAACUCAUGAAAAAAGGAAUGCUAAUUCAUUAUGUUGCCGAAUCUGUCACGAAGAUGGAAGUUCUGGAGAACUCAUCGAUCCUUGUGAAUGUUCUGGAUCUUUGAGACUUGUGCACACUAGUUGUUUGGAAAAAUGGCUUUCUGUCUCCAAUACAGAUCGAUGUGAGAUUUGUAAAUUCACGUACUCAAUUGAAAAGAAGAACAAACCUAUUCACCAAUCUCUGUUACAGUGGUGGCAGGCAAGACGUCUUUAUGGAUCGAAAGGCAUUGUUGCUGAUUUUAUUUGUUUGAUGGUUCUGACACCUCUUUGUACAUCAGCUUCCUUUUUGUGUGGAUUGGGUGCCACUACAUAUAACCGACUCGGUAUUUGGGAAAGCAUAGGAUUAUCAAUUCUUUCCUGCAUGUUGAUGGCUACCUAUUUUCUAUGGUUAUACAUCACAGUAAGGUUUCACUUCCAGUCCUGGAGGCUGUGGUGUAGUCGUAAUCAAGAUGUAAAGGUGUUGGUGAAACAUCGUGCACAAAAUCUUACCUGUUCAAAAUGCAUGAAAAUGGAAGAAGAUCGCAUCAAGAGGGAAAAUGAAUUCAUUGGCACGAAAAGAUUGCUCAACUGGUUUGAUUUCAAUCACAGAAUCGACCCUACCUGCAAUUUCCAACAGCAAACCACUUUAGUUUGAUUUUAAUUCCUCGAGUUAUUCUCUAAUUUAUUGAAAUAUUUUUUUAUUUAUGUUGAAUAAGAAGCGAGUAUUAUGUGUGCAUUUUAAUAGAUAAAAUAAAAAGAGAAUAUAUAAGCAUCUCUUUUUAUCUAAAUAUAUAUGUUAUGAUUUUAGGCUGGAACCUUAUGUUAAUUUUUAAGAUAAUAAGAACCGAGUUUGAUAUAAAAAUCUUUUUUUUUUUGGAAACACACGUGAAUGUGUAUUUCGGAUUUUAUUGUAAAGCCUGAUAAAGUAAUUAUCGAAUGCAUUUCUAUAGUGUCGUGCGAAAUCUUUGUAAGUUAUGAAAAUAAUUUUUUAUAAGUACUUGUUACAAACGUUACGAAUUUUUAAAAUGAUGCGUUUAUGUGUCCAUCCAGUUGUAUAUUUGUCACAUAAUUACAGGGCAUAUUAGAUUCCAUCAUAUUUACUUGAUUUGAUACAAAUUGUUAUAAUAAUAAAAAAUAUUUAAUCAUAUUUUUAUAUAUGAAUAUAAUAAUAAAA